GAUUAACACAAAGUGGUCCGAUUUACGAGGUCAAAAGUAGUCACGCCUUGGAAUUUGCAAGGUGCACCCAGAAUACAUGAUUUAACAACAACCAACCUUUUGCCAGUACUACUACUUUUUCUACUUUUCUUCUUUUAUGGUUUGAGAGUUUGAACAGACUGUAGUCUUAAAGAAGUUAAUUCACAUUUGCAAGAUUUUUGAUCAAGAUCCGUGUAUCUUUUUGUCUUUCAGUUUUUUGGUAGAUCCGCUGGAAUUACGCUUCUUAAAAUAUGUUUGGCCCUUUUCGCAGUACGCUUGCCCGGUUUGGAGGUUUAGUUAAAAAAGAUCCCUGGAGGUUGUCACACAAUCGCAAAUACCGUCUCCGUCAACGCCUUCGUGCUGUUGAUCAAGUGGUCGAUGUGCUACGAUCUGCUUUGUCAAAACAAGGUCAGUCGGUACGUGCUAUCGAAGACUUUGUUGCUACAAAUCCAAAAGAAUCCGAAAUGUCGCCCAAAGACAAGUACACUGUAUUCACCAGAAAAACACAAGGUGCCGGCCCUGGUGGAUUUCGCAAAUCUAUUCACAAAGUUCCUAAAUGGACCAAAAUUACUCAUCGCACCAAUCCUGAGGGAUUUUAAUCAUUAAAUUUUUACGUUUCUUUUAUUUCUUCUAUUUUGCUAAUGAUAACUCUUCAACCUUUCUUCUCCUCUUUGUUUUGAAGUCUAGUAUGCAUUGUUUAAUACCUCGUUUAUUAAUAAUAUACAAGUCUUUCGUUUACAGGCUUUUUAGAACAGGAUCUUUUUUUUCGAAUAUCCUUACCUCUUAUUUUUUUUCUUGGUAAAAGAGCACAUAUGCCGCAGAUGUGACAAUGGAAUCGUCUCCAACGCUCCUAACGUAUGCAUCUAUAGCACAAACAUUAGUAAUCUUUUAAGUUUGUACAAACUUUCAUUAUUCUUACCAUCGUAAUUUAAAAAUUUACCCGUCAAUGCAUCCUUAGCAUACGAGGUAUAGUGGCUAUUGAUCAUGUACCCAUGAUGAUUAUCAACAGCGUACAAGUCGUAUGUAUAUGAUCUUUUCUUAGCUUCUUUCUCCUUUAGGUUUCUUAAAGGACUAAUAUGUGCUUGCAUGUCCAAGUUCAUUGUAGGAAAAAGUACAUAAUCUUUUCUUUUCCGAAGUUUUCGCAUCCGGUUUGUGCAACUAAAACGGUUCAAAUGUAUAAUUAAAUUUCUUGGUAAUUUCCAAAUUUCCAUUUGUUUGGUAGCCGCCCGGAAAUCCUUACAAGAUGGACAAUACCAUGAAUCUUCCAACGAAAGCUGUUCAGGCCGGGAAAACUCUUCAAGACAAUCAUCCAAAGUGAUGGAACUCAAAUGGUAUUGCUGGCCUUCGAAAAUCCACUCAUUUUUUAUAAAUGCUUUUUUCUGACUGUCUUCCUUCCAUACACACAUGAUAAUCGUCUGGUUAUUUAAAAGGACACCUUCUUCGCUUACUGGGGUAUAUUCAUAGCUUUCAAACUCUUUCAAUCUAUUCCACACAUCCACACCAGGUGGAACAUUCUGAACACAAAUUUGAAACAUAUCGGGAGUUACAAUAAUGUCAGCAUACUUAUGAUAUAGUUUGCGUACUCUUCUAUAUAACUCUUCUUUGGAGAUAUAAUUCUGGGAAAAAGAAAGUUGCAGCGGAUACCCGAAAGGGUCACAACGUUGAAAUGAUCCAGGUAAUUGAGGACGACUUUUGCAGUGGACAAUGGGCGUAAUUAUCUUCUCUUUUGUAGUUUCAUACAUGAACAAGCGAUCAUAAGAAUGGAUUAUUUUGGAGAUUUUCUCGUGUUCGUUUAAACACUUAUACACCUUUCCAUCAUAGAUAUCUACUGCCUUCACCGACUCUGUGCUGUAACCAAACUGUUGCAAGCGCAUUACAGCAUAACACUUGGCUUCCUGCACAGUGUAGUCAGAAGGAAUCUUAAUGUCGAACUUUUCGGGGGAAUCAUGAUCUGAUAUAGGCACAAAAUUUACAGUAUGUCUCCACUUGGGUAACUUUGGAAGGGGCAGAGUAAGGUACAUAAAAGGAUCAAAGACCACGGACUUCAAGCAGCAAGUUGAACAUUGCAAUGUACUUUUGUACAUUCCUUGAAAUAAUUCAACAAUGAUUGAAUCAUUCCUUUUGGAAUAGGUCUCCCAGCAUUCAUCUGCCACCUUUUGAACCUGCACCGGAUUUUCACUGUACAAGUCCGGUCUUUCAAAAUAUGGUUUGUUGAUAACUCUGUUCAAAUCUUCAUGUAAACCGUCAAGGAAAAAUGCAAUGAAUUCUUGUGAAUCAUUUUGACUAUAGCCGGCGAAGGAUGAAUUGAAUUCACUAACAAUAUAUUUUAAAGUGAAAGGAGAAAGUGAGGGUCCAGAAACCCCAUUAUUAUUUGCUUGUUUUAAAAGGUUAGCAUAAGCAAGAGCAACCUUUCCUUUCAUUCCUAAAGGAUUGGUGGAAUUAAUUUCCCCUUUAUACCGAUCUUGAAUAAAAUAUUCUGAAAGCUCGUAAGUAUGAAAUAAGCAUUGGA